UGACAUAUAGUAAGUAGUUACCAAUUGUUCUCUUAAUUGUUGAAUACCUAUUCCUCUGUGAUAUAUAAGUAUAUCAAAGAGUAGUCUACUCUUCAAAAUGGAAAAUAAAAGCGAAGAACAAGCACAACCUGAAAAAUCUAUUUUCACUGCCAUUGCCCAAGGCGACCUCCCCGAAUUUAAGAAUAUCCUCGCACAACAUAAGGGGAGCGUCGAUUUCUUUGAUGAAAAUGGCAUGACGGCGUUACAGCACGCGGCUUAUAAGGGUAACAAGGAUAUGGUGCAACUCCUUCUCGAUAGGGGUGCGGAUGUGAAUUCCGGCAAACACGAGUACAACUAUACAGCUCUUCAUUUCGGAGCUCUGUCUGGAAACUCUGAUGUUUGUAAGUUACUUUUAGAUGCAGGUGCUAAACCAACUGCCACUAACUCUGUAGGACGCAGUGCUUCUCAAAUGGCAGCAUUUGUUGGUAACCAUCACACAGUGGCUACUAUCAACAACUAUGUACCGGCUAGCGAAAUAUCCUAUUUUUCGGUAGUUCAAGGGCAACAAACAGAACCACAUUUACCACCAUUCUUGGUUGAAUCUCUUCAUAAACUUGUUCUUGGUGUAAACAUCCACCCCGUCAGACUGGCAUUAAACUUACAACACAUGUCAGCUCUUUUAGAGAAUGCAGAAAAAGUCAGCAAAGUGCUUGAGAUGCUUUGCAAAAAGGAAAUGACAAGAGGUAGUGAUACAAAUGAAGUUAUGGCAUUUAAAUAUCAUUACCUCGCUUAUAUCCUAAGGGAGAUCAAUAAUAUACGAGACAAACAGAAACCUGUAGAAAGCAAGGAGGACAAGAAACACGAUGUUAUUGAAAUUUUUUCUAAGAAGCUAUUAAAACCUGGCAAGGAUGGUGUGUCAUUAGACCUCAUGGAUUCCUUCCUCAAGGACUGUGUCCGAGAGUUUCCCUACAGAGAAUGUACAACGUUCCACCAAAUGGUAACAUCUCUGACUAGUAAAGACCCACCUCCAGCUCUAACAGUGAUCAACUGUACAAUUAAUGGUCAGAGAGGAUUUGUUGAUGCUAUCCCCUACUGCAGCACUUGCGGGGAAGAAAAACCAGCCAAGAAGUGCUCAAAAUGCAAAACAGUUCAAUAUUGCGACCGCGAAUGCCAGCGUUUACAUUGGUUUGUACACAAGAAGGCGUGUAACAGAGAAUCUAGUGUACCCGUCAAUUCAAAACCCAACAUCGACCCAUCAGAAAUUACCGCCGAGUUGCAAAAUCUUGUUGCCGGAUAACUUAAAUGUUAAAUCAUAGUCAAUGUUAGCUAAGAUUUCAAAUAUGUGUCACAUCUUAUAGAUAUUUCGUUCCAAUAAGAAGUUUUUUUAUGCAUUUACAAAACUGUUGGUUAGAAAGUUACAAUAAAAUUGAUAUCAACUAAGUCAUGGUUUGCAAUGUUCACUGCAAUUCUUUUUAGGUGUUGCUGAAUUUACUGAGCUUUACUAUUACAUUAAAUGUUAAUAGUUCUAUGCUUUACUCGUAGCAAAUGUUUCAAUGCUUUUGUCAUUCAAUGUUAUAUAGAGAUAGAACACAAUCUCAAAUAUCAAUUUGAAUUUUAAAUACCUGUUAAAAUCUACCUCUCUUCCCCAAUCCAAUAUGAACAUCCGAAAAAUAAUAGAAUAUGCAUAUAUAUGUGUACUAUUUUUUAAAGAACUAUCAUGUAUGUAUAACUAUUUGUUUGUAGUAAUGUCAUUAGCACAUAAGGAUACUUCUGUAAUAAUGAUUGUGUUAUUGAAAUAAAAUCUUCUAGUAAU